AUGACAGACAGAGGCAGAUUCGUGCACAGGGGAGGCGAACAUACCCCCGGGAUGUAUCCACCCCGGGACUCGGCCCCAAUGUCAAGGUCUAUAUCGGCAGUGUCGCUAUCGAGAGGAAGCUCAGCGGCAGCAUUCGGCAUGCCGGAUCCACGGAGGCCGUUCAGCCCCGGGCCGAACCGCGAGGAGGCCAACAUGGAGAUGCAGCGGCUGAAUAGGUACCACUUGAACAUUUCGGAAGAUGACAACGAGGCGAGAAGGCAGCAGCAGAGCCGGGAGUCUGUUUUCUAUGCCACGAAGACGAAGAAAGACGUGAGGCCCGAGCAAUUGCUCCCGUAUCGGACGGAGAGCAUCAGGGAGCAGUACCGGUAUCUUUGCCACAUCGUGACACACAUCUACAUGGCGAUCAAGUCGCUUGACUUGAAGAGCAACAUCUCGAUCAGCGUUGGGGACUUGGACCGGGCGCGGGCCGAGCUGAUGAGGGGUGUUGGAGAGGGAGACGGGCAGGAGAGAGGCGAAAAUGAGGAAAAACAGGGCCUGGAUGCUGAAGGGGAGCGGUUCGAGACCCUCAUGCACACGGAAAGCGAGGCUGAGGAGGACGACCAGGAGGAGGACUCGUCGGAUUCGUUCUACGAGUCGGACCUGGAGUCGGAGGACGAGGAUGCGAGUGUUUUUGCAUCGACACCGGUGUCGAAGGUGGACAAGCAGUCGGCGUCGGUGAUCAGCCUCAAGUACUGGACCAAGGAGUUGAAGAACUUGCUGACGAUCGGUGUGGCGGUGCCCGGAAGGCUGUGCGUGUCCCUGAUCAAGGUGUUUUACGCGGUGGUGCUGUCGCGGGGCCAGAGUGUGGACAUCGGGUUCUACACGGAGGUGGUAGUGGCUUUGAUGCGCGAGAAGGAUGUGCUCCGGGAGCUGGGGUUGCGUUUGGACUGGCGGCCGAUCUACCAGGAGCUCUCCGGGGGCCUGGUGGGGCCGAACGAGUCGGGCCAUGUGGCAGAUGAGUUGCGGAUGAAGCGGCUGGUGCGGUUUUCGCUGGCCGUGAGCAGCUUUUUCGAGCCGGGCAGCAUCGGGCAGGUUGUGGAGCUGAUUCUGGCCCGGUACAGCAGCCAGACGAUCUCGCCGUCGUUUGUGCAGAUGGCGGUAUUGCUGCCGGUGGUGUUCAAGAGGCCGGUGAGUGGUACCAUGGAUACUCCCGCGUACGAUGCAGGCGACAUAAGGCACUACCUGCCGGUGCUUUUCAGCUGCUGGGCCACGCAGCAGUCCAGCCGCGAGAUCGGUAGCCUCGUGUCCGUGGUGGCCAACAUCGCCCAGCAGGCGUUGGCCGAGGGUUCGCGGCACCCGGAGCUCGUGCACCUGGGCAAGUACGGCAUCUUCACCCGGCAGCAGUUCGCCAUGCUGCUGAACCUGCUCGCGGUGUCCUGCCGGUCCCCCGCGGACGAAAAGCAGUCCAAGUACCUCAAGCUGCUUGUGGACAUCGCCGUGCACUCGUUGACUGCCCGCUUUGUGCACUCCGAGUCCGGCGUGUUGGACCUGCUGCGGACCUUCAUCGGGUCCAUCACCACGCUCGUCCACCCUUCAAACAGCGGUGUGUGGUCCACAGGGCUCUCCCGCGUGGUCAAGCGGCUCGCCACCGCGUACCACCGCCGGCUGCUGCAGGAGAGGGUCGACAAAACACUCGUGGCACGGUACGCGGACGAUUACUCGGGCCUCCCGCUGCAGUACCGGCUCUCUGACGAGCUCACUGCCGCCUACAUCGACAUGCUUCUGCCAGUUAUCAUGCUAGGUGUGCAGUCCAAGGCCCCGGGCCAGCGGAGGAGGUACAUCGCGUCUCUACAGACUCUCUGCUUCAUUUCCCCGCACCGUGUUUUGGACACCGUGUUGUUGGACAUCUACAGCUCGUUUGGGUCUGUGAAUUCCACACAUCGCAUAAACGUCAUUUUGCGGGAGGUCACUGCCCUUGCCCGGUACAUGGUGCAGCUGCCCGUCUACCGGGUGCACGUGCCCCGGCUUCUGUCGAUGCUUGUGCCCGGCAUCGACUCCAACGACCCGGAUAAGACCAUCUUGACCAUCGGCCUGGUGAAAUUGGUCUGCCUGGUGGUGCCGUUCGCGGACCUCUCAGCCGGCCGGGGGGACGGGGGGGCCCUCGCGCUGGAUUUCACCGCGCGCCACGUGAGAUAUUUGGAGGGGGAUGAGAAAAGUGAGAAGGAGAAAAAUAAAAAUGAGGAGAAAAGUGAAAAAAGGGAGGAAAAAAAUGAGGAAAAGAAUCACACUGAUUCCCCCCCUCCCUCCUUCCCCUACUCCCCACAAGAAGAACUCAAUGCCCUAAAAAGUGCUUCCUCGGCCUUCCCCGAAUUCGCAAGGCAGUUCUGCAGAAGCUGCUUCAAGUACUUGGAGUAUUCACCAGACGUCGAAUCAGACGACGGGGUCGAAACCAGGGCCUCCGUGUUGAUCCCACAGGCGUUCGACGCACUCGUCGAGUCGAUCGACGACUCCCUCUUCCAAAUCGUCGCCGACGAAUUCUUCGCUUACGUUAGCACCCACGUCAAGCAUCCUGUCGCGGUCAUUUUUUCCAACAUUGCCGAACUUUUGGUGCGUCGGGACCCGGCAGCACUCCUCCACAAGCUCUACGGGUACCUCCUCCGGCAGAUCCGGCGGGAGAUCGCCGUCGGAGCCGGUGUUUCGCGCGGCCAGCACGUGCUGAACAAGGAUGCCUCGCUAGUUUGGUAUCUGAAGCUGCUUUGUGGUGUGUGUCUUGGUGCCGGAGGCCACCUUGUGCCUCUGCUUGGUGACCUGCUGCAGCUCCUCACUAAGGACACCGUCAACUUGCGCGGCGAGGCCUCCUACAGCGUCAGCAUGCUUGCAAACUCCGUUUUUACUGCUGUUUCCUGCGUGAGACCACUUGAAAGGCGGCUCAUCUCGCCCGACUGGCUCGAAAAACACGGCGGACACGUCACGGAGGCCUGCUGGGGUGCGUUCCAGUUCGAUCCGUACCGUUUCGACGCGUCGAACUUGCAAUUCCGCUGGUACCAGCCGUCGGCUGCAGAAAUCGACCCUUUGGUGGAUGGCUUCGACAAGGUCAUCGAUUCCAGCAUCCACAGCAUAGACACGCUUCUAAGCGACGUGGAAAGGGGCAACAGACUGCCCUUGGACACCGUCGAUCGACUCAGCCACCACGUCAACAUCCUCGACGGCUCCGUUGCUGGAAUCUGCACUCUUUUCGACCCCUCCUUUAAACCACACACACUUGAACCGGCAAAGGUACUCAGCCGCCGGGUCGGGCCGCGGGCUGACUGGGGGUCCGAGUACAGUUCCAGAUCAAAUUCCCAAUCCAACUUGUUGCCGAUUUCCCACUCCAAUUCGCAGUCCAACUUGUUGCAGUCGCAGUCCAUCUCCGCCCUCCCAUCGACCGCAUCUCUCGCGUCCAUCGUCGCAGACUCCGCCGAGGCUCCAGCCUUGCCCGCCGGUGCCACUUUCGAGUCUGCUGUGACGGAAGUAGAGGACGAGAACGAGGACGACACCGUGUCAGACGCGCCGAUCGACGUGCACAUGCCGCCCGACUCCGCGACGCCCACCGGCGCGUCGACUCCAGCGUCGCUUACGGCGGGUGCUGGUGAGUUCGAGUCGAUCGACGCGUCGCUCACCCGCCGCUCCCCCGGCUUGUACAGCUUCGGCUACUACUUCGAGGGCAACACGUUUACGCGUCUCUCAGAUCCAUCUUACGUGAAAUUGCACGCGGCACGCGAGCGCGUCGGACACGCGUUGCACCGGUUGGCGGCGGCGGUGUCUGGCACCGACGCGUCGAUCGACCUCCUUGGUGAAGUCAUCCAGGCGAUGAGCGACUGGCUCAAGAACUGCGGGUACUUCAGCACGAACAACCCGGUGCUCAUCGACAACAUGCAUUUGGCGGGGAUGUUGGAUUUUGCCGGUGUCAACAGCCCCUUCACACGGUCUGUUUUUGGUGCAAGGGCGGCCGUCUACCACUGCAAUAGGACGAGUCUUUCUCGGUGUACGAGACUUCCAACGGCCACCGACAAGCUUCUCAUUCGGGAUCUAGUGCAGCUUGCAGCAUCGAGCUAUGCAGUGACUUCAUACCACGCGAGUAGUGUGUUGUGUUCGGCAUUAUCGAAGAUCAUGAACUGUACGUACUUGGUGUUUGGCAUUUUCAAGGAGUGGGAUUCGGCGUUGGCCAACCGCGACCAGGACAAGCUUCGCAACGUGUUGCGUGUGUUCUCUCUGCGGAAGUUCCGCGGCUUGGCCGAGAAAAACAGCCACUACUUGAGGCGGUACGAGGACUUGCUUGUGCGAUCGGUGGAAUUCGAUGAGUACCACACCACAACUUUGGCCUUGAAGCUCUACGGGUCGAUCCGUAAGUACGUCCGGGUUCCCUGCGAGGUGUGCGAGAUGAAUUUCGAGCUUGUUGAGUCGAUCCGGCCGCCGGAUCCCGACGUCGACACCAGAAUUCGCGUUUUGAAGCUCGCAAAGGACACCAAGAAGAAGAUGUAUUUGGGCCUGGUGUCGCGGCUCAUGUCUAGGACUUUGCGGCGGACUUCUGGCCACAUGUACUGGAAGUUGAGGUUGAGUGCAUUGGAGAUGGUGUCUUCUUUACAGACACACUUCGAGGUCCCGCUCAGCCCAGAAAUCCUCAAGGUAUUGGCCAAAUCCGUCAACGGCAUCCACCCGGCCCUUUCCAAGAAAUGCGUCAUCUGGAUUGCAUCCAUAUUGGACGUCGUGUCCACAAAGGGGCUCUAUAAAUACGAUCUCGGCAAGAUUUUGUGCGUCAAACCGCCGGAACCGGGCAUCGUGCCGUUGGAUUCCAUCCAAAACGGCGCCUUCUCAAACCCAGACGCCUUCUUUGCUGAAAUGCACGACUUCAGGAAUCCGAAAUUCUUCCUCGACAGCCGUUUCUGGGUCCCGACGCUGUGCUGGGACCCGCACCAAUUCGACGUCGUCGACGCGUCGUUCGACCGCACCUCGCUUGGCCUUGGCCUUAGUCCCGCCGAUCGACGCGCCGUCCGCCGCUUCGGCCACCUCGUCUCCCGUCACUGGGUCACCCAGAUCUUGCAGUUGCACAUCCAGGAGUCGGAGUCUAACACAGCCUUCCUCCCCGGCAUGGCCUACUUUGUCUGCUCGCUCUGCGUGCUCUCCUUCCACGGAUACACGCCGAAUUUCCACCAUGAGCAAUUUUUCGACAUUCUCGGCUCUCUCUACAAGAAAGACGAUAAGGCCACCCACCUCGCGGCUGCUGAGGUCUACGCGGGGCUGCUUUUGUCCUGCCGGGUCCACAGGGACCAUCUUGCGGCUAUAGACGGCAAGAUCGCGGGCCAGCUGGCGGCAAUCAUUAAAUCGGACAUUUCCCAGUCCACCGUCAACAUCUGGAAGAUUUUCUGCUGGUGGCUUCCAGCCCAUUUUGACAUGCGGAGAUCCCCGCAACUAGUUCACACAAUCUGUAGCUUUGAGAUCGACCGGGACGGUGCUUCAUCGCCCUUUGCCACUUUUACGAGGCUUACUUUGCUCAAGGCGUACAUGUCGUCCACUUUGAACACCUACCACUGCUUCCCGGACACCAUCCGGCAGCUUUUCAGCUCUCUCUCGCACCCGUACCACAUUGUGGCCGACCGGGUCGCGUCUCUGCUUUUUGACUGUCUCCUCUAUACCUCCACCAGAACAUUUUCGGCCUUCUCCGGCCUCCUGGAGGCCAACAUCAAAGUCCCAGGCGGCCGCGGAAUCUACCCUUACGCUAUGGACGCGACUUUCGACGCAUGCCUCUCCGAGUACAUGGACAAAAUCCACAAACUAAGGCCCACAGUCGACGGGAAGGGCCCCCAGGAGAUCGCAUCCAGCGACUACAUGUAUGCCGUGCGAGGAUUGCACUUUUUUGUGCUGUACGCAUUGAAAACAUCACACGGUGACCUGCUCUACCCUUACUUGAAGAGCCACAUCAUCCCUCUCAUCCUCGACUUGGACAAUAUGAAGGAUGCCUGCAAGCUCCUCAACAUCAACACCACCCUCACCUUGUAUCUCAUCGCAUCCACGCGGUACACGGACCCGGAGAUCGCCGAGAUAUCGGACGUGCUCUGCAACCACCCAAUCAUCGCCAACCCGUCGCUUUCGCAGUCUUUGCAGCUCGUGUCACUCACCCAGGCUUUCUACAUGGUCAGAUUCCUCGUCUUAUCCGACUCUCAGAGGGACAUGUUUGCCAACCGCUGCAUUUCCUUCCUAUACGACGAGCAUCUCGAGGUCAGAGAGAGGGCAUCUGCCUUCUUUACGCUCCUCGUGCACUCUUAUCCGGCCUCCCACGAGGAAAUCUUCAUCCACGGCUGCAUCAAGCGCUUCCGCCGGCUCAUCAAGGCCUACCGCCGGCAGCUCAAGCACGAGCGGCACAUGAAACCGUCAACUUCCCAGAUUUCUCAGUUGCACGGUGCCACUUUGGGCCUCGGCUCUCUCAUUGAAGCCUUCCCUUACACCACUCCUCCUCCUCAUUGGAUGCCCAAGGUCUUGUCCACUUUGGCCAACAAAUGCUCUUCUAUCGAUGGAAUCGUCGGCCGCACUGCAAAGGACAUCUUGAGCAAAUUCAAGAAAACCAGACAGGACACCUGGCACAUCGACUCCAAGUUUUUCACCCCGGAGCAGUUGGAGGACCUUGAGGGUGUUUUGUGGAAGUCCUACUUCAUCUGA